AUGGCUUAUCAUGAGGCAGCUGCGGGGGACGGUACUACUCGGGAAGAGCAGUUCUUGAAAGGUCAAAAACUAGUUCUUUGCAUUUGUUCCUUGAUGCUGAUAUUGUUCUUGGUUGCUUUGGAUCAAACUAUUGUUUCCACGACGUUCACGGAAGUUGGUAAGGACUUUGGCUCCUUUGACAAGAUUAGUUGGUUGGUAUCGGGAUACAUGCUGGCAAGCGCAAGUGUGGUAACUGUCUACGGUAAACUCUCCAUUGUGUUUGGAAGGAAAUACUCCCUAUUGCUGGCUAUUUUUCUAUUUGAGCUGGGGUCACUGCUGUGUGCUGUGUCUCAAAACAUGACAAUGCUCAUAGUGGCCAGAGUUAUUGCUGGUAUUGGAGGAGGAGGAAUCCAGAGCUUAACGACGGUUGUUGCCAGUGAAGUGGUUCAUAUGAACAAAAGGCCUGCAAUCAUGUCCUUGUUUGGGAUAGUGUUUGCAAUCUCCUCAGUUUUGGGCCCAUUGGUGGGGGGCGUAUUUACUACAGAGGUCACUUGGAGAUGGUGCUACUACAUUAAUCUUCCGGUAGGUGGAUUUGCUACAGCGUUGCUACUAUAUGCAUUCAACCCCCCUAGACCUAAAUUUACCUGGUCAAAAAUCAGAGAGAUCGAUUACAUUGGAAUCUCCAGCUUUAUGGCUGGAAUCGUCCUGAUUUUAUUAGCAAUGUCCUUAGGUGGCAUAAACUACCCAUGGAAUUCGGCUGCUGUGAUCUGCUGUUUUGUAUUGGGAGGGUUAUCAUUGAUUGUGUUCUCUAUUUGGAAUUUCAAAUUUUCGUCAAACCCUUUGAUUCCAUAUUUUGUCAUCAAAGUUCCAGGCGUAUUUGUUUGUACUUUGGUCUACUUCUUCACAUUUUGUAACUUUAUGACCUUAGUCAUAUACGGAACGUUAUACUUCCAAACCAUUUUGAACAGAUCAGCUUUUCAAUCCGGUAUUGAUACCCUAGCUUUGAUCAUUCCCCUCAUGGUUGCAACAUUAAUAAGUACAGGAUUGGUUCAAGGAUCGAAACAGGUGAAACCUGUAAUUAUUAUUGGGACAAUAUUGGGACCAAUAGGUGGAGGCUUAAUGACUCUGCUAGAUGUUGAUUCACCUUUGUCCAAGCGUAUUGGUCUGUUUAUUAUUUCCGGUGUCUCUCUUGGUAUACAGAUGCAGACAGUGCUUAUUUCUGCUCAACUGGCAGCGCCAAAGCAAGCUUCUGGCCUUAUUUUGACUACUGUAGUGGUCAAUUUUUCAAGGUCAAUAGGUGGUGCAAUUGGUGCCAAUUUGGCUAACACUAUUUAUUCUGUUACUUUCAGCAAGAAAAUCCGACCAUACACAGAGAACUCCAUCAUCAGAAUUCCUGAUUCAGUACUUCUAAAUUCCCCCGAAGCGAUACUUUCCCUCCCAGAGAAUCUUCAGGAACUGGUAACAGAGAAACUGAUGGAGAGUCUUCGAGCAACUUUUUACUUUGGUUUGGGAUGCGCCAGCGUGGCUUUCAUUAUCAGUUUAUUUGUGAGCAACGAUAAACUCCCCAAGAAGGAGAAGAAGCCAGAAGUUACAGAAACCCCUGACCAGUCUCAAGAUGACAAUAAAUCUCCUUCCCUAGACAAGUCCCUCGAGUUCAUUAAUGUACAUAGUAAAAACUAA